AAAGACCAGUCGUGUCCCUCCGACUGUUGCGUGCUGACACCGCCCAGAUUUUAAGGCAACAGAUUAUUUUCGGUCAACGUUUUGUCUCUGGUGGAUAGUGUUGAAUAGAGAACUGCACACGUUUUUGCCCGGCUGACAUUUGCGAAAGUUUUCUCCGCCAGAUUUGUUUUUUUGUUUUGUUAUUUUAUGUAGCCGAAAAUAUAUCACUCCGUGUCAUCCAGUCAACUUGAAUCACGCUGUAUCCAUCGACGGAACGCGACAUCCCAUUGAUUGGUUUUUCGUCAAGUCUGUCACGUCCCCCGGCCGAGCCGAGAUCAGGCACGUGGCCGAGUGGAUGAAAUUAUGGCGCUGGAUGGAGAGAAUCGGAUCGUUCUCAAUGUGGGUGGAAUCCGCUUCGAGACUUACAAGACGACAUUGAAAAAAAUUCCAGCCACUAGAUUAUCAAGACUGACAGAAGCUCUCGUCAAUUACGACCCUAUUCUUAAUGAAUAUUUCUUCGAUCGUCAUCCGGGCGUUUUUUCGCAAAUCCUCAACUAUUACCGCACAGGCAAACUCCAUUAUCCGUCUCACGUUUGCGGUCCUCUAUUUGAAGAAGAACUCGAAUUCUGGGGUCUCGAUUCCAAUCAAGUGGAGCCUUGUUGUUGGAUGACUUACACUGUCCAUCGUGACACUCAGCAAACGCUGGCCAUUUUGGACAAACUGGACAUUGAAACGGAGAAGCCAACAGAAGAAGAGAUUGCUCGCAAAUUCGGUUACGAAGAGGAUUACCUUGCCGGACGCCUUAGUUUAUGGCAGAGAUUUAAACCAGCCACAUGGUCGCUAUUUGACGAGCCCUACUCUUCGCUACCGGCCAAGGGAGUGGCAGUCAUUUCCGUCUUCUUCAUCUGUGUCUCUGUCCUCUCGUUUUGUCUGAAAACACAUCCGAGCAUGCGAGUGCCCUUUCUCCGCAAUAUUACUGUCAGCGGACCGGGCAAUUCAUCCUACUUCUUGCUGGACAAGGUGAAAACUGAACCGCACGAGGCUUUCUUCUACGUCGAGCUGGUCUGCAAUAUCUGGUUCACGCUGGAGAUUUCCAUUCGGUUCGUCGUCAGUCCCGACAAAUGCGAGUUUCUGCAGUCGCCUGUCAACGUCAUCGAUCUGGUAGCAACGCUGUCAUUCUACACCGACAUGCUCUUGCAGGAACUGGCCCAUCAUGUCGACAAUGCGGACAUCCUCGAAUUUUUCUCCAUCAUCCGCAUUCUGCGUUUGUUUAAAUUGACCCGACAUUCUCCCGGUCUCAAGAUCCUCAUUCACACGUUCAAAGCGUCGGCAAAAGAAUUGACGUUGCUCGUCUUUUUCUUGAUGCUGGGCAUCGUCAUCUUCGCCAGUCUUGUCUAUUACGGCGAACGACUGCAAGUCAAUCCACACAACGAUUUCAAAAGCAUCCCCGAAGGUCUUUGGUGGGCUAUCGUAACUAUGACUACCGUCGGUUAUGGAGAUAUGGCACCUAAAACAUAUGCCGGGAUGUUUGUAGGUGCUUUAUGCGCCUUGGCCGGCGUGCUGACCAUUUCUCUGCCCGUGCCUGUCAUCGUCUCCAAUUUCUCCAUGUUUUACAGCCACACGCAGGCUCGAUCGAAACUGCCAAAGCGAAGACGGAGGGUGUUGCCCGUCGAGCAGCCGCGAAAUCGGAAGCAGAGGAUACCCGAUCGGACUAGCAAUAAUCAACAACAGCAAACCAGGGUGGAUGGAAUCGGACGUCGCUUUGCUGCUGGCACCACAAAAUUGACGCAACCUUUCAUCAAUAGACUCGGCUACCUUAACGGCUCGACUUCUGAGAGUCCAGCAGUUGUUGUUGCGCCACUUGGCGGUGUAACAUCCAAAAUUCCUGGGUCACUACUACGGGUAAACACUGGAGGCGGAGAUUUACAUUCCAAGACUCUUCACGUGCCAGUGAUUGUGGCCAGCAGUCCGCCUCCGGCUCAUCAAGAUAUCGUCAGUUUCAGAAGUCAAGAUUGUGGGUCUUCUGGUAAUGGCAAAUCUGGACAAACCUAUGCUUUAUAAAUAAGAUUCCUUUUUUGUCUUUCUUUGACUAUUUAUAAUUUCUUGGUUGAACCCUUUUCUUUAACUUUUUCGUAAUUAAAGUAAUACAAUACACGGAAGCAUUGCAUGACGUUAACAACUCAAAGUGUAUUCUUCUUUAUACUUUAUGUAAAUAGACAAAUGAUUUGUAUAAUAUAUGGUUGUUUGAUGUGAGAGUCAA